AAAAAAAAAAAAAAAGAGAGAGAAGGAGGGAGGAGUGGGAGAGAGGAGGAGAGAGGGAGAAAGUGAGCUCACGUUCACACAUUGGUGAAGAGGCUGGUCUUGCAAUGCCUUUGAAUAUUUUACUUUUAGGCAGUUCCUCAUCAGUCAGCCACACACAUCCGAGGCGAGCUGAAGCGAACUAGAGCCAUGGACAGCGCUGGGAGAUCUGAGAUCUGAUUGCAUGCAGCAACCCUCCGGGAUAUUUUUUAAAUUACAUAUAUAAACACGCCGACAGGCAGCCGAGCUCGCACUCACACACACACACACACACACACACACACACUCUCUCAUACACAUCCACACGUCUCGGAGCCGCCGAGCAAACACCUUGUCUCCUCUCGCAGGAUAUACCCGCUCGCACACAUCUCUCUUUAUCUCCUCCUGGCUUCCCGGAGGAUCCUGCCGGCUGUUUUUCAUGGAGAAAGUCCAGGGAGAAAUGGAGAUUGAGAGAUGGGAAAGAAGUGAAGAGAUCUCAGACGCAGAGAAAAAGGUUAUUCAAGAGAUAUGGAGCAGAGUAUAUGCGAACUGCGAGGACGUUGGGGUCUCCAUACUCAUCAGGUUUUUUGUGAACUUCCCCUCGGCCAAGCAGUACUUCAGCCAGUUCAAGCACAUGGAGGACCCUCUGGAGAUGGAGAGGAGCUUGCAGCUGCGUAAGCACGCCCGGCGGGUCAUGGGUGCCAUCAACACUGUGGUGGAGAACCUCAAUGACUCCGAAAAGGUCUCCUCCGUCCUGGCCCUGGUGGGCAAAGCCCACGCCCUCAAGCACAAAGUGGAGCCCGUCUACUUUAAGAAACUCACUGGUGUCUUGGUGGAGGUGAUUGCUGAGGAAUACCCCAACGACUUCACCCCGGAGGCUCACGGUGCCUGGACCAAGAUGAAGACCCUCAUCUACACCCACGUGACGGCGGCGUACAAGGAGGUGGGCUGGGCUCAGUACCCCACUGCCACCCUGUGAGCAGCCAGCGGGGCCAGGCGAGGGGCAGGGAGGGCUUCACUCACCCCAGGACUUCACUCUGGUCUCUUCUCAAGAUCUUUGCUCAGUCUGGGGAGCCCGGUAGGGCCAGCUCUGUCAGCUGCCAAGUCACAAUUUGAUCUCCAUGGGGUUUAAAAACAAACUACAUAAGCCGAAAAAACCUGUAGAACCACAAAGGGUGUGGGUGGGUCGGGGUGAAGCAGUUGCAGGGCACGCUGGAAGGGGAUGCAGAGGGUGAGGGGAGAGCGCUGGUUGUUGGCUCCAUCUCACUGUCCUGGCCUGUCCACCACCCCCUCCCAAAUCCUGCACCUCGCUCGCGCCAUCUCAAGGUCCCUUGCACAAGCGCUGCCGCCCCGUUCGAUGAUGAACAACACAACCCUCAUUUUCCACGCAAAGCCCCUGGGUUAGGCCCGGCUUUGGGGGGGCACAGUGCUUAUGGAGACGUCCAGCUGCCCAGCUGGCACCGAAAACGCGUUGCUUUGCACUUUGUGUAUCACCUGGCAGGGUGGCAGAGCUGACAGCUGUGCCCACACCGCUCUCGGUGCCCGUCACCCUGCGCCCUGGGCUGGCAGCAGCCUCUCCCGUCACCCACAGUCCCUCUCCUUGGCUGGCUGCUGCAAACCCCCCUGGGGCUGGAGGGAGUGAGGGGGCGGGAGAGCCGUGCUCCUGCAGCGUGAGAGAGUGGGGAAGGAGGGGGAUGCCUUUGGGCUGCCUCCCCUCGUGGCUCGGAGCAUGGCGUGUAGGUGGGAUCCCUGUGUCAUAUGUAGGGAGCUGGUGAGUCCACCCACUGCCCUUCAGCUCCCUGAGGAUGAGCUUGGGUGGCACAUGUUGUGCCAUUGCCCUGGGAAUGGUGUGUGCAGGUCUGUCUGUCCAGCUCUGCCCUGCACGGUGAGAAAGGGGGGGCUUCGGGCUGGGAUCAGGAGGGGAAAGAUGGCAUGGACACAGCAGGAGGGGUUUCUGGGUGUGAAGAAAGGUCCCUUCUCUGCCAAAAUUAAUAACUAACCUGUUGUAUAUUUACAUAUUCCUGCCCUCUUGGUGAAACUGGGCUCCUUCAAAUAAAGUGCCUGGUAGAAAUCAGCCCCUGCAGGAGCUGUGUCCCCCACCCGGGGACAGCAGUGCUCCUGUCUGUGCCCGACAAAGGCUUCUCCCCAGCCCCCCAAAAAGUGGCUGCAGGGCUCGCAGCACUCAUCCCGCCUCCAACACCAACUCCAGCUGAGCCUGGGGGUCAGUCUGCUUGGUUUGUGCCUCAGUUUCCCCUGCAGUUGCAGAAAAAGGGAGGAGGAGCAGCCCCGUUGCCUCCUGCCCACGAGUGGUUGGAUUUAUAGGAUUUCUGGGAACUGAUUGGCAGAGGGUUGAGGAUGUGUCAGAUGUACUGGGAUGCUUUGGAAUCCUUGUCAUCCAGUAUUUCCCUAAAGGUCUCUUAUUUUUAGAGCUCUAGCACUAAGGGCAAUGUUAUCUGUUGAAGUGGAAGGGGGUUCCCUUCCAAGAUUUCCUCUGGCCUCACUCCACUACUUGUCCUGGAGAGCUGGCAGCUUCCUGAGAGAGACCAGCUCCUCUCCUGGAUGCCAGCGGGAUAGGCAGAGAGCCCAAGGUUGCUUCUGGGAUCCCCACGGCCACCUUGGGGACAUCCCCCUGCCGUGGGGACACGGACCCCAGCCCUGCCCUUUCCAUUGUUUCAGGAUGUCAGCACUGCCCCUGGCUGGGGUGUGACCCCAGGACUGCUGCUCAGAGCAGGAGGGCAGGUGUGUCUGGGUGAAUGUGCCCCUCCUUGGAGUGCUCUGUGGGAUGCAGACAGGAGUUUGUGCCAUCACCCAGUGCCCUGGCUCUGGGCAAAGUGGAUUUGGAGAAGGCUCUAAACCUCUUGGCUGCAUUCCCCAGUGCUCCCUUGCCUUCCUGCAGAGCCACAGGACCAGAAUUAGUCCCAGAAUAGCUCCAGAGCUUCAGUAAUGUCACUACAGACAAUCUGGCCUUGCAGUUCUUUCCUUCCUACAUCCCACAGUAAAACUGAUGGAGUGAUGGCAGGUCCUGGGUGUCCAUCGAGGUUUGGGUGGAAAUAACAGCUCGGGGCACAGCUGUCCUUGGCAUGGCAGGGUGUGAGGUCAAGGGGUUUGUAAAAGGAAGGCACAGGGUGACAGGUGAUGCUGCCUUUGCUCACAGGGUGGGCUGCCAUUUAGAGCCAACACCCCCAAAAUUCAGCCCACCAGCCCACACUGGUGAAGGUGCCAGCAGCUGCUGCCUCUGGCUCCCAUCAGGGUGUCAAAGCAGCUUCUCAUCCCUCACGUCAGUGAAGGCAUCCUUCAAGCAGCUGCUGCUGCCCAGAUCGAGGAUGGAUGGGAAAAACCCGUUCAGGAUUGACUUUGCUCCAGUGCAGGACUGGAGAGCGAUCGCUUGGACAAGACUGUUAGAUCAUAUUUUUGUGUGCACACAUCACAGGACUCUCACGAGCACAACUUCCCCGGUUCCUGCCAAAACCUUGAGGCCAGCAGCACAUAUUUUUGAUGAGUUCAUGUACUCCCUGUGCUCUGGGGAUGCUGGGCCAGGGGUGUUUCCGUACAGGGAUGUUUCAUCUUCAGACAAAAUUUGCACAUUAACCUUCGAGGUUAAUAUUGUCCAGGUGGGAAUUUUAUUUUUGCAGUGCAAGCCCUUCCCCUCCCUUCCCACGACAAAAACUGGGCUCCCAGUCCACAGGGAAGCCACUUUGGGGUGGCUGGAAAGUCCCCGUGUUUGUACCUGACCCACCCGAGUGCCUUGGUUUUUGGGGAGCAGCAGGGAGGUCCUCCCACUUGGUUUCUCCUUUCUUUUUUUAUGUCCCUAGAAAAAAACUGACCCAGGGCCUCGUGUGCCCAUGCAUGUGUGUGCUGGGCUUGGGGUUUUUUCCAGGAACGUUUUCCUAAAGCAAAUCCAGAUGUGUGCAGCUGCUGUCCCUCGAGGAGCACCCCCACACACACCCCCCCCAUCAGCCAAAUUGCAGGCCAGUCCAAUAGAUGCAAACAAAAACAUGUUUAUUUUUACCAGUUUCGUAGGAAGUAUCAUGAAGCAGGAGGGCAGCCAGGGCAAAGCUCCGGGGGGGAGGAGAUAAAGCGAACGCCCCCUCUUUGCCGCCCGCAGCAGAGGAGGUAUUGCUUAAACCGGGGAAAAUUCUCAUCUGGGGAGAGAUGAAAAAGAACAGAAAAAGGAAAAAAAAAAA